UUGGCAUGGUAAGUCCUCAAUUUGGUCCCGAAUCGCACCUCACCACAACCUCUCUUUCUCGUCUCCGUCCGUGCAACCUGGGAAGCAAUGGCUUGGAGAGGAAAUCUUUUGAAAAACAUAAAAGAACUUAGGUUUUUGAUGUGCCAGUCAUCACCUGCAAGCUCAGCCACAAGGGCUUUUGUGGAAAGGAAUUAUAAGGAACUAAAGACAUUGAACCCAAAAUUGCCCAUAUUAAUCCGUGAGUGCAGUGGAGUUGAACCCCAAUUAUGGGCAAGAUAUGAUUUGGGUGUUGAGAAAGGCAUCAAAUUGGAAGGCUUGUCCGAGGCGCAGAUCUUUAAGGCACUUGAAGAUUUGGUAAAAGCAGGACAGUCUAUGAAAGCUUGAUAUUGGCUCUCUUGCUGCUCUUGUUAUUGCAAAUUGCCUUUUGGUUUAAAAUAAGCCAGGUCUUUUUCUAUGUCCCAUGGCCUCUGGUUUCAGCCUGUCUCUGGAUCUUACAUCGUUUCAAGUAUGACACUGUUGAGUUUAAGUUCAAAAUCCUGGUUUUGCAUGUUGAACACAUCGAGGGAGAUUUAUUCAGACCAAAGAUUAUAAUAUUAAUUUUGGUUCAUAUGACUACUGAUUUUUGUCAAAGGUUGACUUGCCAGAGAACAUGAUUCUGUAUUGGCUGCGUAACUAUUACCGAAGCACAAACCCAUCCUUAAGUAGACCUUUUAAUGUAGCUGGAAUGGUUUCUUUCCCUGUUCC